AUGGAAACUAAGAAUACCACCCAAACAUCCAGUCUGAGUGAACAAAAUGAGGCUAAGUCAACGUACGAACAAAUUGAAAAAGAUAGGGUCCAACUGGUAUCCAAGAUAGAAGAGUUAUACCAAGAUGUCGUCGAACACAAACUCGUACUGGAAGCCUUGGAGAAUGUCCCUUCCGACAGACGGUGCUACAGAAUGGUUGGAGAAAUACUGGUCGAAAGAACUGUUGGUGAAAUUAAACCAGCUUUGGUAGAUCAUAAAAAUAAGGUAGAACAAAUUAUAGCCGAGUGCCAGAAGAAGUUGGACGAAAAAAACUCCGAACUUACACAAUUUGUGAAAAAUGCAAAGACGGCCAUAACACCAGCCGACCUUUCUUCGAAGAAGCCUCAAGAUAGCAGUGGAAGUUUUAGCGACAAGGACAAAAAGGCGGAAGGGAUUAUGUUUUAA